AUGGACGCUACGCUCCGGGACCCGGUGUUGGUUGGCCUCAUCGUUGAGUACCAGCACGGCUGGUGGCACGACAGCGCUGUCUUCCGAAACGACCCGCUGCUGUUUGCAUCGGACGACGACCUCGCGCAGCACGUCGCUGUCUUUGGCGAGCGCUUCGUGCCGUGGCUUGCGCGGCGUGGCCUCACAGGCGCCAUAAAUCUCAUGAGCAUCUACCCACCGCUCGUUCCGUGCAUAGCUCUACACGCCGCGGCAACUGGCAACCAUCCGCUGGGUGUCGCCGCCAUCAACAAUAGCAACGACAUCUCAAGCUGGGUGUCGCUUAUGAGCGAUACCGCAGGACACUUUGGCCACUGCAACCUCUUUGCUUCCAACGGCAUUCCCGUCUCGAUAAAAGGCGCGCUGACGAGUGGCAAUGUGGCGCUCGUGCGACAGCUCCACGACGAGCGUGGGCCCGCCGUCUUCAAACGGUACAUCGAGGACGCGAUUCGUGCCGGGCACCUCGCAGUCGUUCGAUUCCUCCACGAAGAGGCGUCAGUGACGUGGCCUUUCGACGCGCUGGGCAUUGCGGUGCAAAGUGGGCAUCAAGAUAUUGCGGCGUACCUUCAAGAGCGCGGUCACCAAACCGACAUUUUUAGUCGUCUGGAGACAGACAGUCUCCUCGAAGAGGUCACAAAUCUACACGCGCAGCAUCCGACCACGAGCCUCGAGCACUCGCUGGAAGAAGCCGCGUCGGAGGGCCUUCGCGACGUGAUCAAAUUCAUCCUGGCGACGGGGACGCCGAGCACACCUGCCGCGCUCCAAGCGGCCGCCAAGCAGGGUCAUCUCGAGUGCUUUCAAGUGCUGCUCGCACAACGACCGCAAGAGCAGUCUGACACGUAUGCUCCCCGUCUCGGUCAUGACUACAUGGACGCCUGUGCGAGCGUCGGCCGACUGGACCUCGUGCGAAAGCUUCACAACGCGGGGCACUUUGGUUGCUCGAAAGCUGCGAUGGACUGCGCAGCCGCCAACGGCCACUUGGACGUUGUGACGUUUCUGCACGAACACCGCGGCGAAGGCUGCUCAGUGAGCGCCAUCGACAAAGCUGCGGGCAACAACCAUUUGGCCGUCGUCAAGUACCUGCAUGCCACGGUCGGCAUCCAAGCCUCUCGCUAUGCGAUCGCGUGGGCAGCCAUGGGCGGUCACGACCAUAUUGUGCGCUACCUGUAUGAAGCGAUGAAGGCCCCCGUGCUCGACGACGUACCCGAGCGUGCGGCCCGAGGCGGUCACUUGCCCGUCGUGCGCUACCUCCACGAGCAAGGCCUUGGUGAAUGGACGCCGCGCGUGAUGGAUCUGGCGGUCAAGUCGGGGAAUAUUGCGCUCGUCGCGUUUCUGCAUGCGCAUCGGGCCGACGGCUGCACGCCCGCAGCCUUGGACGCAGCGGUCGUCCAUGGGGAUGUGGCAAUGGUGCGGUUGCUGCACGACGUGGUCGGUGCCAAUGCAGCACUAUGUUCGCCAAUGGCGAUGCGACAAGGUACUGCCGACGUGCUUCUCUACUUGGCCAGUCUCGGAGUUGACGUGGUACGCACGCUACGAGCCAGCGCCCCGCGAUUUGUCGCGCUCAUCGAGUACUUGGAGUACACGCAAGCGCGACCACCGAAGGCCAAGAAACAGCGCACCGAGGGUCGAAUGCAAUCAAUGUAA